CUGAUGUUUUCGGAGCGCCACCUCUGGGCCAUGCCCUGGGGACCUAGCGGUGAGCAAGUCCCGGCAGUCAUGGAGCGCUCACCCAGUGUGUGGAGAUGCGGAGAUGUGGUAACCACAAACAAGUAAUACUCUAAAAAGCAAAAGACAGGUUGAUUGAGGAGAGUCUGGCGGUGCAGUUUUAGAGUGCCGAGGGAGACACUUUAACCAGAGACGGGAAUGAAUGGAAGUCGGCCAAACAGGAAAAGGAAGCCCCUGAAGGGUUUUAAGCUGGGAUGUGACAUGAUCCAAUUUACAUUUUGGCUGCUUGAUCAUUCUGGCUGCUUUCUGGAGAACAGAUCAAAGAGGGGAAGUUAUUGUGUUGGGCAGCUGCAGCACCUGAUGUAGGUGGCCAUGGGGAAGCAUUACUUCUGUGACUACUGCAACCGCUCCUUCCAGGACAACCUCCACAACCGCAAGAAGCACCUAAAUGGGCUACAGCACCUCAAGGCCAAGAAGGUCUGGUAUGACAUGUUUCGAGAUGCAGCUGCCAUCUUGCUAGAUGAGCAGAACAAGCGGCCCUGCAGGAAGUUUCUACUGACAGGCCAGUGUGACUUUGGCUCCAACUGCAGAUUUUCCCACAUGUCAGAGAGAGACCUGCAGGAACUGAGUAUCCAGGUGGAGGAGGAGAGGCGGGCCAGGGAGUGGCCACUAGAUGUUGUCGAACUCCCUGAGGGCCAUCUGGAAGACUGGUUGGAAAAGAGAGCCAAGCGGCUGAGCUCAGCUCCGAGCAGCAGGGCCGAACCCAUGAGAAGCACCAUCUUCCAGUACCCCAUAGGCUGGCCACCAGUCCAGGAGCUGCCUCCAUCCCUGCGGGCACCCCCACCCGGGGGGUGGCCCCUGCAGCCCAGCGUCCAGUGGGGCUGAGCCCCUCAUCCCCACUUUGACCCCCAUCUGGUCAGCUUUUGUGUCAGUCACAAUAAAGAUAAGGGCUCAUAAUGGGGAUGCCAAGGGCCUCUCCCCUGCCUGCUGCCCCCUGUGGAGCCUCUGAAACCACAUGCUGGGCCUGGCUUGACUGAGGCCCCAGAGUCGCCCCAGCAGGUAUAGCCCUGGUCCUAGCUCUGCUCCAGACAGCUCCAUCCUCCCUCCCUCUUGGGACAUCUUGAGAAGAUGGGUGAUAAAACUUCCUUCUGGAUGUUUAUAAAGAAAGUCUGUCACCAUG